GCCACAGCCACAGCCGCAGUCACGGCCCCGUAGAAAGUCUUCAAGAAAACACACCCACCUCAAAAUGAGCUACUUCAAAGCUAUCCCAGCCACACAGGGUGAAAAGAAAGCACUACUUCACGAGGUGAAGCAACCUCCGAGCUACCUCGAGGCGACCCGUGUUCCCCAAAUCAUCAUAACGGACUAUUCCACAAUCCCGAAGUCCACCACAGCGUAUACGAGCGCAUGAGCUGGCACACGGCUUGAAUCUCAAGCAGGCACCAGCAACGAUGAAUGCUCCAGUGCUUCAUACCAUUGUAAACUGUAGAUAAACAAAAAUGUGUGUUUGUU